AUCUAUGAAGCUGCAAGCUUUAUAACGAUAAUAAUUUUCGCUAUAUAAAAUAGUGCCACGGUCUCUAGAAAUCGGACGUUAAAAUAAAAGAUAACCUAAUAAAAGUCCCAAUAUUUUCACACAAAUUAUCUGUAAUUAACGGGCUGACCUAUCUUUUCGAAUUAGAUAUAUACGAACCAGUUUGACACCUGGUUAAAUAAAGUGUCAGUGUCAGAUCACCUAGGUCAGAAAUUCCGUCAAUUUCCUCCAUAUUAUGAACCUCGAGAGGACUAAUUUGAGAAAAAACUUCCAAAGCGUGGGUCAUGAGACACUUAUGCAAAACUAGCAUUUCGAAAGAAGUAUUUUUUGUCGGCGUCCAUGCAGGAGCCGGAUUCUCGCAGGCUGGAUUAGUAAAUGACAAUGGAAAUAUCAAAAGAUUGGUUUUGGAGCGGACGAAAAUAUUUGGAAAGGACCUGUUUCGUGAACAAUCUUCCGAUGAAAUUUGGAAUUCCGUAGUGGAAUGUGUAAAGAAAGUGGUCGAUGGGGUGGAAAUAAAGAAAAUAAAAGGAAUUGGUUUCACUGCUAUAUCAUCGAUGGUAUGUCUCGAUACCCAAGGAAGUCCUCUCACUGUUAGCAUUUUAGGAAAACCUGAGAGAAAUUGCAUACUUUACUACGAUGACAGAUCCCGAAAGGAGGCUGAAAUAAUUAAUAGCAAACGACAUUCAGUCUUGCGUUCCUAUGGAGGAAGGGUAACAUCCGAUUUACAUGAAUCGAAGCUUAUGUGGCUAAAAAGUCAUCUAAAAGAAAAGUGUUGGGACCAAAUAGGGCUGAUUUUCGAUCUUCCUGAUUUUUUGACAUGGAAAGCUGCGAAGUCGGAUUUAAGAUCAAAAUGUGUCGCACAAACGAACUGGUGUUACCAGUUCAAUGAAAAAUAUCAUGGUUGGGAUAGAUCAUUCUUCGAUGAACUGGAUUUAGAAGAACUUGCAAAAAAUGAUUGGAAAGUAAUUGGAUCUAAAUUUCAAGAUCCGGGAGCUUCUGUGGCAGAAGGCCUGACCAAGGAAGCUGCAAGAGAAAUGGGUCUUUUGGAGGGUACCCCGGUGGCUACAUCAAUGACUGAUACACAUGCUGCUUGUUUAAGAUUGCUGGGUUGUCGAGCGGAUGGAAUCGAUAAAGCAUUUGAUAGGAAAUUUUGCAUGGUUUGCGGUACGUAUGCGGCGUCCCAUUUCGCUGUUUGCCAUCAGCCGGUGUUCGUGGGGGGCGUUUGGGGUCCCCUCAAGGAUUGCCUCGUUCCGGGGAUGUGGCUGAGCCAUGCGGGUCAGACUACCGCGGAGAGUCUGAUUGAACACAUCAUUGACCACCACCCUGCCUCUGCGGAGAUCAGGAAACAGUUGGGACAGAUGAAUAUACAGAAGUAUUUAAACAAAAUGCUGCGCUCUAUGGCAAAGAAAAGAGGCUUGGCUUCCGUUACCUAUUUAACCCAGAACAUUCACGUUUAUCCCGAUUUUCGUGGAAACAGAAGUCCCCGAGGCGAUCCAACAUUAAGGGGAAUGUAUUCCGGAUUAUCGCUAGGCAGUAAUCAAGAAACUUUGGCUCUGCUCUAUCUCGCCACAAUGCAGUCCUUAGCGUGCAGCACGCGGCAUAUCAUGAAUGCAAUGGUAGAAGGAGGCCAUAAUAUACAACAUUUAAUUAUUGGAGGAGGUCUAGGAAAAAAUUCCAUAUACGCAGAGUUAAACAAAGAUAUAUGUCAGAUACCAACUGUUAUACCAAAACCCGGCAGUUCUCGAGUGAUAGGCGCAGCAAUACUAGGUGCUAUAGCUGCAAAGUACUUCAAAAGCUUUGAAGAUGCAGUGAAGUCUAUGGGGGGAGAAGGAAUCACUGGCAUUCCAGAUAAUUCUACUCAAGAUUAUUCCGAAAAAAAGUACGAAAUAUAUCUAAGAAUGUACGAUCAUCAACUGGAAUAUAAAGCAAUAAUGAAUAGGUGGUGCAGAUAUAUGCUGCAAUAAAAAAAAUAAAUGUAGGAGUUCAUAACAUUGAAUAUUAAAGUCAGGGAUAAAAU